AUGUCCAAAUACCGCGAUGAACCCAUAAAACGAUCAAACAAUACCAUCAUUCAAUGGUUUGGGCUAGAUCAGUUUGAACCAGAACGCGCUGUCAGUUCUAACUUUGUAUCAUCAAAGACAUUGUUUAUUAUUCGACUGCCCCUUGUAUUAUAUAGCUUUGUAGUUUUAUGGAUUGACAUCGUUUGGUCUAUAAAAACAGAUCAAUUCAGGCACUUUUUCGCUUACUUUACUGAUCUAACAUUUAUUGGUCUUACUGCCUAUCUUGUGACGACUCAGUACCAUCACGCAAAGUACUUGUGGUUUACUUCGUCUUCAUCACAACGUCCUAAUUCAUUUCUUGAUCAAGCACCUGUAUUGAAUUACCUAUAUGUAUACUUGUAUCAUACAAUCAUUGUCUUCAAUAUUCAAACUCCUGUCGUGUUUUGGGCAUUGCUAGCUCAGGAACGAUUAUUUAAUGCGCAUUUGAGUCCAAUUGACUUUUGGAUAAGCAUCUCAUUGCACGCGGUCACCCUAUUUAUAUUGGUGGUUGAAGUUAUAUUCAAUAGGAUGGCAGUUCAGAGAAACAUGGUCUUCUUAGUCUAUGGAACAGUUGUCUUUUACAUGUUUUUAACUUUUAUCAUCUUUGCUGUUGAACAAUGGUGGGUGUAUUCCUUCUUGGAUUGGUCAGUUGGUCCUAGUGCAAUUAUUUGGUACGUGAUCAUUUCAUUGUUCAUCAUUAUCUGCUUCUUCUUCCAAAUGGGACUACACAAGGCUCGUGAUAUUGUAGCAAAUUACAUUCAUGGAAGCACAGCUGUGUUUACUGAAAAGGACAGACCGGAGAGUGUUGUUGUAUUGCAGCAAACUAACUUUGAACCACUCGCAAGUACAAUCGGUGGCGGAUCUCGUAUUACGUUUGGAGAAAACAAUGCAGAGCCAUCAAAAGCGUCUUCUAUCUAUUAUUAA